AUGCCAGAAUAUCAUCGAGGGCAGCAGCAGUCUCCUUCCCCUUCCUCCAAAACAGGGCCCAUGCUUCCACCCCUUUCAAAGUACUACUAUGGACCUGCUCAAGGUUGGAAUUCGACCGAAUCCUCUCCUAGCCAUAAUGGAUCGUCUUGGAAUUUAAAUCAUCAUGACAUACCGCCGGCCUUACCGCCUCGAUUAUCCCCUGGACCGCCAGCUCAUACGUCACCUCAGUGGAUGAAUCAUUCCCCUUAUUCGGCAGAAUCAUUGCAAGGAUGGCACUCCCACGGUCCUCCGCCCUCAGCUCCACCUGCAAGUCAACUCGCCAACGUACCUUUUACCUCUCAUGGCUAUCCCCCUGUGCCUGUCACUAGCCACUCGAAUGUCAAUCCUACCUGGGACAGUGGUCCUCCAGACACAUCAACGUGGGGCGUGAAAUAUAAUCAGAAAGCCGCACAUGGUUCAGAGCCAACAGCAAAGCCAGCUUUGCCACCACGGCCUCAUCAUCAAACACCAGGCCAGCCUAUGUCACCCGAGUCGAAGACACCUUCAUCUCGCCUGUCAGCCACAACAAUCGAGGUGCCAGUCUUCCUACAACCAGUAGCUUACGACCCUGUCUCUGCACCGCCGUUACCAGAACCUCGUCAGCCCCCACCACAAGACGUGCAAAUUUCGAUACGGUCCCCGCCCGAGCCUGAACGGCUUCCACCACCUCCUCCGCAGAAGAUACCCCUGGGACACGAGGAUAUGCCGCAAGCCCCGAAAAAUAUGCCACAGCGCCCCUGGCAUGACCCACAGCAUAGCUACGAUGGUGGGCAGCAGAAAGAUUCACCGAUUUCUCAGCGCCCCCGAUUUGACCCUCAGGAUUCGCAUAACGCUGAAAACAGACCAUAUCAAUGGCACAGUCAUGAGCAGCGGCCAACGAUCCCGAUUCCGCAGUUCACCAAUUUCGAUGUUGAAUCUGCCCUACCACCACCGGAACCGCAGCCCGAACCAUCACUCCCUCAGCAAAACUUGCCUCAAUCAACUACCGUAGCCCAAAGUAAUGAUCUCAAUCGCUUUCGGGUAGGCGAGUUCCUACACAAAUCAUCGAUCUCGCCCGUGUGCCCCAGCGACGCAGAUCGUUGGGUUCCAUCAUCAACGCCGUGGGAAUCUCAGGCCGCCUAUGUUCCUUCUCCAGAGCCGCAACAUGCUGUCUUGUCCCCACCCGAUGGACAGUCUAUCUCCACUACUGACCUCUCAAUCAAUACUGCAGGUGUCUCGACACCAGGGUCCCAUCAAACAUCCAACACGUCGUACCGGGAAAAUGAGAAUCGAGGGGACUGGGGCAGACCUGAGCACCAGGGUGAUGACUCAUUCUACUGGCACUCAGGUCGCUCGUCGUCAGACGCGGAGGAAGACCAGGGCCAGAGUGGCUCUCCAACAGCAACGCCAGGAGACGAUAGUGUUGGCCAAAGAAGCUCAACCAUAACUUCAAUGGGACUGCAGCGCGAGCAUCAAGACCUCCCUAUACGAUCCACAAGUCUUUCAUCGGCAACAUCCGCGACCUACGGCGCUUCAGCUUUGGGCUUCGGUGGCCCGUCAGAUUGGGAGUAUUUUGGGGAUUACGAGGCAGAAGAGAUCGACGAUGAAGAAUUGUACAGUCGACCCAGACCGCGGGAUUGCAAGAGCGUGGUCGAGGGAUCCACUGAGCUGCCGGUGGACUUACCUCUCGACUCCAUACAACCACGCAACGAAUCGGACCUGCUUGGCUCCAACUUGAUGCGGCUGGAGAGCCGAUCUUUGCACGAAAAAUCUUCCGCCAGGCCCUUUAUGGAGAGGUGGUCUCAAGACAAUGUCGUCCAGGAGCUGAGGAUUUCGCGUGAAGGUGGCUAUGGAACCAACACAAGGCCGCCAUCAGCACAGAGCCUGGUUACUCUUCAUGCUGCUUCAGGUCAUGCAGCACCGUCAUCAGGUGCUGAUGGCCAGCAACGGCCAGAUCUGGACGAUGUAAUCCGGGCAUGGUCGGAAGCUCCCUAUGUCGGAAAAGUCCAGGAAGUGGCGCCCGCCACUGGAAUUCUCCCUGACAAUGAUGUAGAGCCUUCGAAUAUUGCUGAAGCAUCACUGGCAUCCACCCCUCGUGAAAGGAUGUUAGGUGUAGACGUGAUAUUAAAAGGCGCGCCCUCGUUACCAAAAUUACCAGAUUCCGUGGAUUCCCUGAAUCCUGAUGAGCGAGAGCUACACCACAAUGCUAAUGUUUCGGCAACCCCAUCAUAUGCCGUUCUGACUGCCACUAAUCAUGGACAGCAAUCGCAGCCUCUGUCAAAUCAGCAAGAGCCGGCAAAAAAUGACAUGUCGGCGAAUGCAGAGGUCAAGCCCAGAAAAGAAGAAAAUCUCACAUCAGAAAGCGAAAAGAUAAUACAAAAUGUCUUGCCGCCAGUCGACGUGGCGGUUUCGUCGGGCCUUUCACUGUCGAUUCCCACCGAGCCAAGCAUCAACAGACUGUCCUCGGACAUUGAUCCCUCAGUAGACACAUACACAGACCCGAGGACGCAUGGUUUGCCUCAGGCUUCGCGAGAGACAACGCCGACAGAUUCGAACGAAAAUUCUCAUAGCUCAUCGCAGAGAAACGAUUUAAACCCAGAUCAGCAGAUUUCGCAAAACAUGCAACUGGAGAAGCUCGAGUCGGACCACCUAGACGAUUGUAAGAGGAAUUCACAGGAGGUCAAAUCAGAGCUCCCGCAGAAUUCAGGAGGCUCUACAUCGCACGAAGCUAUCAUCAUGGUGUCCUCAGAAACAAUCGAGAGCUUGUCACGAGGAAGCUCGCCAUCGAAGCAGUUGAUAGCUUCCGCGGAGACAACGCAAGAAGACCCUUAUUCGUUCAUGCCUCGCAAUACCUUGCAAGAGAACUUUGACGCGGGAGAUAGUAUUGAGGCCAGGCAGGAUCAUUCACAGGAGCAUGCAAAGACACCGAAAACUUAUGCAAUUAGUGACAGGUCGCCGUCAAAGGACAACCUCACUAGCGCACCUCCCCAAGCAACUCCUCCUCCGCUCACCCCUGAUACCUCACUUAUUCAUAACAAAACUUCAUCGGAGAUGAAAACGGUCCAAGAUCCAUAUUCAGACCUCGAACCGUGGGGUAAAGCAUCCUUGAAUCGAUUUGCGGCAAUGCUGCGAGAAGAAUCACGUGCAGAAACCAACCAAGACAAGCUAAAUAUCUUUAAUGUGUUUACCAGUCGCGAAUCUCGCUUGCGAGUUGUUUUGUACGGCACUGAUGACGAGCUUAUCAUCCCGCAGAAAUCGGUACAGCAAAAGCUUGAGACUAUACAAAAGGUCGAGAAGGCAGGAUUCGUGAAGCAAGCUGUAGAGCGUGCCGAUUCAAUAGGUCUCGAACGCUCACUGAAAGCGCUCCCUGCUUUACCGGCAAAUCGAGAAAGCGUAAUAGGUAUGCCUGGGAACACUCUGGCCCUGUUGGUAAUACAGCAUGACUUAACAAACGACGGACGAGGUGUUGACUUGAAAGUUCAGCCGUCGGCAGACGACUCUAAGUCCAAGAAAGAAAGUAAAAAGUCAAGCAGACCGUCCGGAGAUGGCUCCUAUGUCAUGGUCGAUUCGCCAUCGGAUGAAGUUCAAUACAGCCCUGGUGGCAGACCUGUAGGAGCUCGCUUGCUAGAGACCGGUCGUGGAACAGACGUAGAUUCAUCGCAGGACGCAAAAUCAGGUUUUGAGAAGGACAACGCCGCUCUCUCAAACACGCCAGGAAGCGCCAGACGUGCGGACUCACCAAGCUCCGACGGACCGAUCGCAGUAGGACUCGAAGAUUUUGAAGCUACUAAAAAGCCUGCAUACACGGCUUCGAAGUACAGCGAUGGUCGCUCAGAGGUCAAAAAUUACUUAGCAAAUCGCAAGUCCGUCUGUAGGCCAUAUGCGACGCUUACGCAGGGGUCGUUAGAAAGUGCAUCGACUUUUGGAAGAGGGGAUGAUACCAAAUUAGCGGGAGUGGCAAGUAUCAUCACGGCACCAACGAGUCAAUAUAACUCCAGUUUGCAGGUCAAGGUAGAUGGUGCAGCAACUGAAAACAAGCAGAAAGCUCCUGGAGCCGAAGGACCGCCUGAUUUGCGGCGCUUUGUGAAGGCCGAUUUCGAUCCUUUACUGUUGGCGUUGCCAAAUUCCGACGCUGUUGUUCACGAGUCAGCUCGAAUUCUAGACCUGAGGAAUGUCAUGGAGGCGGUGCCCGACGAGUUCAGUUUCAUUCACCAAAGUGUUGUUGCCUGGGAUGCAAAGGCUAAGAAGCAGCGCGAAGAGAAUGACAGACAGCGACAUGCACGGCAAGUGGAAUCUGAACAGAAGAUCGACUCGCUAUUCGACGACCAUGAAAUUGGGUAUGGGGACAUUGCGGAAUUGGAAAUAGAGUUCAAACGAUCAGAAGCGGCUAGGAGAGCUGAUGAGGACCGCUCUGAAUAUCAGACUUUCGUAUCCGAUGUCUUCAACCUAGUUUGGACACGUUUACAUUACGAGCUUGACCAGCUGAUUCCUCACUACGAGCAAUAUUCAGAAUUGAUGGAUCAUACGCUGGCUGGGAAAGAUAUGUUCGAGGGCUCGGAAGAAGGACUCGCGCUCGGACCGACAAUGAGCUCCUUCCUUGCGUUGCACCAAAAACUUGAGAUUCGUUACCAAAAAGCGUUCGAAGCAGUUCUGGAGAGAGACCGGCGGCUAAAGAAGACUGAAAUAUCUCCGUGGUACACUUUGAGCAACAUUGCCAAGGUCAAGCAGCUGGAGAAGCAGUUUGAAGAUGCGGAAAAGAAAGCGAUUAUCGAAUACUGCCAACAACGUGAUGCCAGAGCCAAUCAUCUUAUGGACGUACUCGAUCAGAACACGCUUCGAGGCGUGGGCGCGAACCAGGAUUAUAUGGAGGCAAUCAUGAAGGCCGUGCGUAGGAUCGCAUCUGGAAGAGCGUUCGCUUCUGUGCCCGGCUCGAACGAGCCAACAGCCGGGCUUGAAGAGGUAGAAAAGGCCAAGGCCAUCACUGCUCUGCUUGCUUCAUCUUCAGAGCAGAUCGUGCAGACAUUUCACGUCGCGGACAUGCUCUUGAAUUCGGCAGAUUACGAAGUCUCUGUCGCGAAAGCCAAGGUUGCAAAGGCUGACAUGGCGACUCUGGCAAAACUCAAGGAAGAGCGGGCAAAAGAAGAUCAGAAACUGAUGAGAGAUCUGGAGCACCGCUUGGCGCUUAUCAGGGAAGACUCUAGGAGGACCAAUGACGAAAUCGUCAAAUUGAUGCUAUUUCUGGGCGUCCAGAACGGGCGCGCUGAUGGCGCACCGGCGCAGGCAGAGAAUGCAGAUCCAGAGCACGAAGCAAGAAUACAUAAGGCUUUGGAGGAGGCGAAGAGGAGGAAUGCAAUCAAGCAGUCUGGAGAAUGA